AUGAUGAAUUCUUUACUUCUUACUUUUUAUUUGUUACAAUGGAAAAAAAGCAGCAAAUCUGUUGUCUGCGAUCAAAUCCAAAUGUUCAUAGCCGUGACGAAUGUUCUCCUGCAGGGCUGCAUGUCUGUCAGUGGUAUGCUGAACCCCCUUGCGAUGUUCUUCAACAUUAGUAGGAACCUACUUCUAUUAAUGCUGACCCUACAGUUCACUUUGUUCUAUGUGAGUGCCUGGAACACCGCUUGGCUCUCCAUAUUCUUCUAUGUUCGAUUGGUGAACUUGUCCCACCCUUAUCUUCUGAGGAUGAAAACCAUGUUCCUGUCUUCUGUUCCUCAGCUCCUAGUGGGGUCAGCUCUGGGCUCAAUCAUCAUUAGUUUUCCAUUUUACUGGCUAACAGAAAUCAAUCUUAUACAAAACGGAACUCAUAAUGUUAUCGUAAAUUUUAAAUGUGCAAUGAUAAACUCGUUCUUUGGAUUCUUCCUUCCUUCCACUUUGACUUGUCUCUGCAUCGGUCAGUGUGUCACAUCACUGCUGAGACACGUCUGGAGGAUAAAGCUCAGUGAAUCUCACCUAUCGUCGUCUCAGCUCCAGGGCCACGUACGAGCCGCCAGGAUAAUGACUAUGAGGGUAGUACUGGAUAUGGCAAUUAUCGGGUACGAGUACGAGUAUUUAUCUUUCGGUACUCAUCGAUACCAGUACUACCGCUAG